AUGAAGCGCGCCAGUCUGGGAGGGCAUACGCCUGUAAACUUAAAUUCAUUAAAUGAUGAUGCGUUAGAGAAAAAGAAGGCUAAACAAAAAAGCAGGAAGGAGCGUGAAUUAAGACGAAGCUCAGCGCUUCAGUCAAUUACUCCAAGAAGAGAAUCUUUGGGCGGACCAGGCUAUGGAUCACCUUUUAAUAGUUCUUAUCAAGUUCCUGUUUUGUCUAAUUUUGAAGAAUGGAUCAAAUUAGCUACCGAUAACAAGAUCAACUCGACAAACACAUGGAACUUUGCACUCAUUGAUUAUUUCCAUGAUAUGUCCUUACUCCGAGAAGGUGAAGCUAUUAAUUUUCAAAAAGCGAGUUGCACUCUAGAUGGAUGUGUCAAAAUAUAUACAUCCCGAAUUGAUUCAGUUGCUACAGAAACAGGCAAACUACUUAGUGGUCUAGCAAACGACUCCAAGGCCUUAGGUGAAACUGAGGAAACUAACGAGAUUGCAGAAGAUGAAGAAGGAAGGAAGAAGCGUGAACGAAAACGUGCCAACCGAUCCGUCAAUACGCUCGCUAAAGAUUUCGAAAGCUUACGUGCUAAAAGAUUUGAGUUGGAAGGAUCUUUUGAUCCUUUAUUCAAAAAAAUGUGUGCAGAUUUUGAUGAAGACGGUGCAAAAGGACUCUUAAUGAACCAUUUGUCUGUCGAUCAACAUGGUAAAAUAGUGUUUGACUCUAGCGAUGCCAUUAUCAAGGAUUUAGAAGGAAAGGAUGAUUCAAAAACGGAGAAUUUGAAAGAAAGUGUGGCAGGAAAUCCAGAAACCGAAAAUGUGGAUAAGGGUACUCAUACCGAUGGUAUUUCAUUGGAAGCGCUGGGAAGUAUUAAAAAGCGAUAUUUUAUUGAUAUUGAUCAACUUACGAUUUGUCCUUCUUUACAGGGAUUUGAGUUCGACAAUAAAGGCAACUUGGAUGUUUCAUUGCUAAAAUCUUUAAGCGAUGAGGUGAAUAUAAUUGCACCGAACUCAUUGUUGGAAGAGCAAGCGGCUAUGAACGGAGAUGUUGAAUUUGGCUCUGCGCCAUCAGAUUUAGAUGAUGAUGAUAAUGAUAAUGAACAAGGGCACAUUGUUCAUGCGCUUGAAGAUAUGGCUUAUGGCGACGAAAACGUAGAUUUGUCUGCGAAACCGUCAGAUGAAUUUGAGGAGCCAACCAACAAUUUGCAAGGUGAUACAGAGGCGGGCGAAACGAUAAAUCUAGCAAACUAUUCAGUUGACAAUGUAUCAUCCAUCAAUGGAAUUUACGAAUAUUUCGACAAGUCAAUAAAGAAGAACUGGGCAGGUCCCGAGCAUUGGCGGAUUCAAGCUCUUCGUAAAAAAAGUAUUUUUCAACCGCCGGGAGUGGAUUCUUCCAAUGUUUUUGAGGGCGUUGACAAUACCCGAGCGUCGACUUCUCUAGAACGUAGGCGGCGUCGUGAAACGGAUAAUACAAUAGAUUUUACGAAGGAAGUUGAUCUUGACUCUCUGCUUACUCCCGCUUCCGGUAGUCUAAAGCUUCCAAAAUCACAUUGGAAAAAACACAAUCGUUGCUUAUUGCCGGAUGACUAUCAAUACGACUCUAGACGACUUUUACAGUUAUUCCUUAAACCGAAAGUAUCUCUUAUGCCAUUUGUAUCCUUCAAUGGAGAAACUGGUGUUAAAAGGGUUUUCGAAGGACAAGAUGAAGCAGACGCGAGUGCCCCCAUAUACCCUGGGGGAUUUGAUGAUGACAGCGAUGGUGGAGACAUGGAAGAACAAGGCUUGCACGAUUUUGAUGGAGGAUCUAUGCAAGAACUGCGAGAAAAUUCAGCAUCACCUACGCCACCUUCCUCCGCUGGCUUUGGAGAGAAUUUAUUAUUGAAUGCUCGCCUUGCCAAACCGGAUAGCAUUAAUUAUGCCAAACGAGCGAAAAGAGUGGACGUAAGGGUAUUGAAAGAAAACAUAUGGAAAUGUUUAGAUCUUGAAGAGAACCAUACGCUAGAAGCGUCGAAAUCCAACGUUGAAUCUAAUAAUGAUGAAGUGCCAAAGGAAGAAGAAAAAGAACCUGUGCGUACAUUUUCUUCAGCUGUUUCCCGAUUAGAAAACUUGUAUGGGCAAAAAGAAUUCAAGGAUAUCUCUACAAGCUUUGCAUUUAUUUGCUUGUUACACCUUGCCAAUGAAAAUGCUCUGAACUUGAUGAGUAGCGAAGAUUUUUCAGACGUAUAUAUUCAACAUGACCCUGGCUUGACUAGUUUGGAAGAAUUGGAAAAGAAUAUGUAA